AUGUCCAGUUACAAUAAGAGGCUUAGAGAAAACUACCUCUCGAACCGCAAAUCGGACGAGCGAGAGAAAAUGAUCGGGCAGAACCUGCACUCAUUUGAGGACCUGGCGGGGGUUGAGCGCCAGGAGAAAGAAAUAGCUGAGGCUCUCCAGAUGCCGCUGGCGUUUUCCAAGUACUACAAAAUGGUGGGCGUAGAGCCUUCCACGGGAAUAAUAGUGCACGGGCCGUGCGGCUGCGGGAAAACAGCCUUUGCGCAUGCUGCAGCAAAGAGCGCGCGGCUUCCUGUGUUCUCUGUGACAAGAAGCGACUUUGUGGUAAAGGGGAGUGCAGAAGACGGCGCAGCGGCAAUUCUGGAAAAAGCCGAAAUGCAUGCGCCGGCGGUUCUGCUAAUAGACGACAUCGACCGGUUCUGCAAAAAGAUCGAGGGGCUGGAAAACGAGUCAGACAAAAGAACCGUGCUUCGGGUGGUUGACUUUAUCAGCAGCCUGCCGGAGAAUGUGCUUGUCAUUGCCACAGCCACGUCGGUUGACGAAAUAGACCCUCUUCUGAGAAGGGCUGGGCGCCUAGAAAGGGAAAUAAAGCUGCUGGUCCCCACAGAAAAAGAGAGAAGCAAGAUCAUACAAAAGCUGUUUUCAAAGACCAAGCACCAAGGCUUGGUCUACAGCGAAAUAGCAAAAAAGACGCCAGGAUAUGUGGGCGCAGACAUCAAGCUUCUUGUCACGGAGGCAGGCCACUCUGCAGUCAAGAGGUUUGUGGAGGAGGGAGGCUGCUCCUUUCCGGAACAGGCCGGCUCUCCUGUGAUCAUGCAGGACGAUGUAAAUACCGCGCUUUCCAAGGUGCAGCCUGUUUCGAAGAAGGAAGGCUUUACAACGGCCUCGGACAUUUCUCUUGACGACGUUGGCGCCAUGUAUAAUAUCAAGAAGAUACUGGAAAUGGCAAUAAUACAGCCUUCGCUGUACCCCGAAAGAUUCCUGAAGGUGGGGAUCCAGAGGCCUGCCGGAGUGCUUCUGCACGGGCCGCCCGGAACGGGAAAGACCAUGCUUGCACGCGCGAUCUCAAGCAAAACGCACUGCAACUUUAUUUCUGUGAAGGGCCCCGAGCUUAUAAGUAUGUACUAUGGGGAAAGCGAGAGGGCGAUCCGAAAGCUGUUUUCCAGGGCAAAGGCUUCCCAGCCGUGCGUGAUAUUCUUUGACGAAAUAGACUCGAUCUGCCGAAGAAGAGACGCGGGGGCAAGCAAACACGGAGACACUCUUGUAAACCAGCUGCUGAUAGAAAUGGACGGGCUGGAAGAAAGGGGCGCAGUCUAUCUGAUCGGCGCCACAAACAGAAUAGACAUCAUCGACAGAGCGUUGCUUCGCCCGGGAAGAUUUGACAAUAUUAUAGAAGUGCCUCUUCCAACGGCCGAGGAGCUCGUGGAAAUACUCGCCAAAAAGCUGGCCAAGCUCUCAGUGGACUGCUCGGUUGACCUGCGCUCUCUGUACCUGGAAGGCCUCACGGGCGCACAGAUCGACCUGCUUAUUCGAGAGGCCGGAAAUGUGUGCCUGCAGUUCACCCCUGUUGAAAAAGACCCGAUUAUUACACAGGAGCACUUGGCAUGCGCGCUGGAAAGGCUGCGCGAGAAGUGCCUGCCUCUGCAAAAGUAG